AUGCCGCCAGCCGUUUUUGGCCAUCUGGCCCCCGUACAACAAGGACUCAGCAAAUGUACUACCCGGAGUCAUCUAGCCGACAUAGAUUCCACAAAUUCAGGGGAUCUGAUCAUGGCCGAGGCAGCCGAGGACGCUCACGGGCAAGAUUCUCCAACGAACUGGAAAGAACUAUCUUCAGACGCGUGGAUACUCCAGACGGUGCAGGGCUAUCGAAUAGAGUUCGACUCGACCCCGCUCCAGCUGGCCCCUCCACGUCCGAUCCAGACUACACGGGCAGAUGCCCGCCUCAUAGACGCGGAACUCCGAGAACUUCGCUCCAAAGGUGCCAUCCAACCGGCUCCGGAUGCCACCGGUUUCUACAGCAAUAUCUUCCUGGUCAGGAAGAAAACCGUUGAAUUUCGCCCUGUUAUCAAUCUCGGGGAGCUCAAUUCUCACGUGAAACUGAAUAUAGAGGGGACUCCAUCAGGACUUGAUUGUUCAGACAUAUGGCAGAGGAAUCACACAGCACGCAGUGGGGUUUACACAGUUAAACCUAUUGGAGCCAAUACAUCUUUCGAGGUGUUCUGUGAAAUGACUUCUGCUGUGGGUGGAUGGACCCUCAUCCAAAGCCACAAUGGAAAUAAUCAGUUGUCCUUCGAUAGAACUUGGCAUGAAUAUAAAGAGGGAUUUGGACAUUCUUCUGGUGAGCAAUGGCUGGGACUUGAGAAAAUUUAUUGGUUGACAAAUCAGGCUGGUAGGCCCUCGGAACUGCUCGUUGUCCUUGGUGACUUUGGUGGAUCGACCAUUAUGGCGUUCUAUAACCAAUUCAAGAUUGGUCCAGAGUACAGGUUGUACCAGCUAUCCCUAGGAAAAUAUAUUGGAAAUGCAGGUGAUGCUUUCAGAGGAAGAGUUAAUGGGGACGGCAAUAAUCAGGAUGGAAGUUUCUUUAGCACAGUUGACAAUGACAAUGACAAGUGUGAUCCUUGUGUGGCCGGAGGCAUAAUGUACAACAGCUGCGCCCGUGAUCGAUUCUAUUCUGGCUGGUGGUUUAACAGGUGUGGAAUAGCCAACCUGAAUGGCAACUGGCACCCAGAGAAUAAGUACAAAGGCUGGAGUUCCUCUCUGAAAUGGGAAACAUGGAGUUUGGUGGAGUCAAUGAAGUUUAGUAAGAUGUAUGCGAUCCACUAA